AUGCCGCCGGCGCCGCAGUCCCCGCGGGCGGGUGUGCGCAGGAGGGAGGAGGAGGAGGGCGCCGCGACGCGGAGCCUUCUGGGCAGAGACGCGCCCGGGCUCUGCAGCUCCCUCGACCCAGAGGCGCAGAGGGUCCAGGUGGUAGACUGCGAGGCGGAUGCGCUCAGCGCGUCCAUCCGCUCCACCCGGGCGCCAGACCUCCUCGAGUCCAAGGAUCAGUAUUAUUGUUCGCCACAAUGGGAGCGGGCCCUGAGGGGAAUGGAUGAUUAUCGAGGCUUUUCACUGUGUUCGGGCUCUCGGGGCUCUCCCCGGGCCCCGGGCCCGUCAGAAAACAAUUCGGGAUGA